AUGACUCUCCAAGCCUAUCUCACUACGGAAAGAUCACGAAGGCUCUUGUUAUACGAAGAAAGCGACCCCGGCUACGAGGAUGCUGUCCGAACCAGUCACCUAGCUGUGUUUUCGAUCCUACUUUCGAUAAAAAAGGGUUUCCAUCUAUCAACAUUUAUACGACACGAUCACAUGGCAGACAUAAGGCUACCUUUCCUUACCUGUGACGCAUGGCCGGAGACAGUUCAGUACAUGUUCGAAGAGUUCUACGAAGCACAAUGGAAGUUCUGUCCAAAACGGCUCGUGUUUGGUCAACUGUACGACACAUGGCUACAUGAGAACAUGGUCUUGCCCUUGAAGCAUAUAUUACCCCUGAAAGAAGGGGUGGACGCGACUAUCUCCAAGGUGGAGCUGUUCGAGGAGUACAACCACCUCAUCUCAAACGAGCUGAACAUUCCCCCAACCAAUGUCUUCAUCCUGAAAUCGAGCCCAUCGGGCUAUGCCAAAUUACACAACAACGAGGUAGAAGCCUACAGAACACUACUAAGCCACCCGAGUGGCCGAGAUGCGAUGCAACAUAUGGCUCGUUUCUAUGGUUCAUGGACACAGGGUGAAACUCGUAACAUAUUGCGCGAAUAUGUUAGCGGUGGCACACUCGCAGACUUCUUCAGGCGGACCGAGCCGCCUACAACCAAAGCUGAAAUCCUGGAGUUCUGGAACAACUUCAUACAGUUCAUCAAGCCGAUAGCAUGCAUACAUCGCCUCCCCAAUCCGCAGAACCAACAUUCAUACAAAGUGGGACUUCAUAACGACAUCAAACCGGAUAACAUCCUCGUAUCGGAGCCGAACGGGAACAGCCCGUAUAGUGUGUCGUUCAAACUGGCAGACCUUGGUCUCGCCGGGUUUGUGGUGGCUAAAGAGUCGGACGAGGCGCAAAUUCGCGAUGUGCACGGUGCACCCGAAUACUUCCGCGGGGAGACAGAUCGGUCCAGGCAACAAAGCAUCAAGCAAGCUCGUCCGGCUAAGGAUAUUUGGGCUUUGGCUUGUGUGAUCAGUGAAGCCGCGGUAUGGUCUGUAUUAGGCCAAAGAGGAUUGGAUGAGUACCAUCGACAGCGCGUUAAAGCUGCUGAUGCCAUUCCGACUCUCGGGAAUACUGGCUACAGCGGCUGCUUCCACGACACCACCGAAGUCCUCUCAGUUGUAGGAGAGAUGCACAAGCAGGUCAACGAACGGUGCAGAGCAGCGAUAGACAAUGUCGUUAGCUCAGUUCUUCUCAUUGUUCGCGGGAUGAUGAAGCAAGAUCCGGCCAGUAGACCAGAUGCGCGAACAGUUUACGACAACCUCACACAAGCUAUAGACUUAGCGACACCAUCGGUUCACCCAUCAUUCGACGAUAGAAUUACGCAACCAGCCGCAACAGACCCGUACAAUCGAUACUCCGUGCCUGUCACUCUAUCCCCAAGCAUGACGAACGGAUUGGGCGUCACUAUGAAUGCAGCGAUGCACAUGGGUAUCAACCGGGUCGUCCCCCAGAAAGACGCACAACGAUCAGUGGAGAUCGUUCUCCUCGCCCAAAUUCUGAGAGCCAGGCCUUCAGCUUCCAUCACUCAGGUCUUGGAGCACAUACGAAAGAAGAAGUUGCACAUACCCACAAUACUACAAGGCCAGGAAUGGCUAGGUAGACUGGAUGGUAGAGACCAGAUCUUCUUAAUCGACGACUCCGAAUCAAUGGGGCAACACUGGGAUGAAGUCAAAAGCGUCUUCGAAGCUCUAGCAUACCUAGUAAAAACCAUGGAUCCAGAUGGCAUCGAGUUACAUUUCGCCAAUAGUCCUGGGCACAAAGGUCAGGCUAAGGACCGCCAAAGGCUGACCAGAAAAUUCGAAAAAGUGAAACAACAUGGCGAAUGCCAGAUGGGUAUGGCACUGAGCAGAAUCCUCCCACUCUACUACCAGAGCCCAACAAGCAAGCGAUCAUCCUUGUCUCUACGAGCAGAGGAAAAGCCUCCUGUCAAUAUCUACAUUCUCACGGACGGUGUAUGGUCGCCAGGUUCACAUUGUGUUUCACAAAUCCAAAGUCACAUUACACACCUAGUCGAUAAUCUAUGGAAGGCUGGAAAGCUGCAACACGUCGGUAUUCAGUUCAUCCGCUUCGGCGAUGACCCGAUCGGUAAACAGCGCCUCGAAUAUCUCGACAACGAUAAUUUGAAGCACUAUGAGGUCCCCGGGGACAUUGUCGACACGGAACCGUCCACUGGCAACGUUUUCAAAAUGCUCCUCGCGAGCACAGAUCCUUCCUGGGAUAACGACGACGAUGCGCCCAGCGGCUGA